AUGUUUACUUGCCCCUAUAGAAACAACCGUAAUGUAAUUGUUCACAGCUGGCUCGUUGGUACAGUACAGUUCUACUUUCAGCAUGUAGAUUUCUAUGGCUUCCCACACUUUCUUGCUUUCGUGGAGGUCAUGAAGGAACAUGACGCGGCUGGUCAUGACUCAUCAGUACCUAUCGUCAAACAACGGUCACAAAGCACCCGUACACUAGGCCACCAAACGCAACCGACUUAUGCAGUUAUAAGUGUAAAUGACAUUUGUCAUCAAGUUGGUCUGGUCCAAUACCCACCGAAUGGAAACCAGUUUUAUGUAAUCGCGCCCUAUUAUAUCUUUAACAACAACAUGCGCAUUACUAAAGGCAAUCUUUCCAUUCUGUAA